UGAUAUACUCCCAAGUAAUUAGCAUGACAUCAAGAACAGCCCAGGGAACUGUGCAGCUGAAUUUCAGACCAUGGUGUCAUGCUCUUUGGAAGGGUGCUCCCUGACUUCUGGAUGCAGUUCCUUAAUGUAACCUCAGAAACCUCAAAUAUCCUGAUUAGCCACUGACACAUCAACAACCCAGCUUAUUCUUGUGCCAAGCUAUAUUGUUUUACAAACCAAAAAUGUCCUUCGUUAUUGGCGAUAAUGUUGUCACACCCACUAAGCGAUCAUUUCUAAACAAGUCUUCCUCUACUUACCUGUGAUAAGGAAACAUGUCACAGACAAAGAGGAAAACAACCAGCGUUUCUCUUACUAUUGGUUCAUCCUUUAAGGAAGUUUCCAGAGAGUCCCAGAGUUCUUCAAAACUAAUUCAGCCCAUUCAGUUGGACACUAAAAAAGUAUCUAGCACAUUACCAAGACAUUCAGAAUCCGUAAGUGGAACACUUCCUGUUUUUACAAAGGGUUUGCAAAAUAUAGAUGCUGAAAAAGGACAACUGGUUGUGUUUGAGUGUCGAAUACAAGGAAAAUCACCAUUACAAGUUCACUGGUACAGAGAAAAUGACCUUAUUAUUGACUCAACAGACUUCAAAAUUAUCCAAAAAAAAACAUGUUUAUCUUCCAUUCCAGAGGAGGUUUGCACCUUGAUUAUCAUUGAAGCAUUUCCGGAAGAUUCUGGAGUAUUUAAAUGCAUUGCUAAAAAUGAAUAUGGACAAGUGGCUUCCAGUGCAUAUCUUUUUGUUUCACCAGAUAAAGAAGAAUUUGAAUUGCACCAGGCUACACAAAAUGCAAUGGGAAAAAAUAAUUUGAUGAAUAACUAUGGAAAUUUGAACAAAAACACUGAUGUGAAUAAGAAACCUCCCAAUGGUGAUCUUCAAGAAAUUCUCAACUUGGACAACUUAGCUUACUGUUAUAACUCUAAAAUGGAAAAAAACAACAUGUUUCAAGAUUUUGAAUCUAAUGUAGGAAAUUGUAAUCAACAGAAUACAUGUAUAAGGAGUGAUCAACCUAAAGAGCUUGCUCAUCAGUCUGAUAAUAACACAGUAGAAGGGAAAAAGUAUUCUUCAGAAUUUUACCAACCAUCCACACCUUCAAAAACAACGGAACAUAUAAAUCACCCUGAAAGUAUGAACAUUACCACACUUCCUUCUGUUUCUUCAAUGUACCAACCAUCUAUGUUUAAUUAUGAGCGUCCAAAGCAUUUUAUACAAUCACAACCAAAAUGUCAGUCAGAAUCUGUACUUAAAGGUAACACAGCAGCUACUCUUCCGAGAACGUCACCCAAGAAAUCUUCUAUUUCAAUUCAGCCACAGAGUUCGAAUGAUCCGCCGUCAUCUUUGUCAUACUCAUUCAGCUCACAAGGAACAAGACCAACCACUACAUUGUCAUCUUCUGAGAAAGUAGAAGCACCAGAUCAGUUAUCAUCACAAUCCUCAGCUAACACAUUAUGUAAAGAAAAAGCUUCUAAUCCAUACAAGGAGCAACCAGCUGCUUUUCUCUGUUCAGUAUUACCGUCCAUGAAUGAUUACAGUGACGGAAAAUGUAACACUACAGCCAGAUCUCAUUGUCCAAAGUCACCUAACAAGAAAAUAGUAAAGCAGCAAAUAUCUGAAAGAGACAUACAAGGAUCAAAAGAUGCCCUGAUUCAAGACCUGGAAAGGAAGCUGAAAUGCAAAGAAAACGUCCUGCAUAACGGAAAUCAGCGGUUAACUUAUGAAGAAAGGAUGGCUCGUAGGCUUCUGGGACCUCAGAAUGCUUCAUCAGUAUUUGAAGAACAAACAGAAUGCCAUAGUGAUUCUAAGCAACUCUCAGAAAACAGAAGUCAGAACCACCAGUUACAAACAAGGAGCCGAACCUCGUCAUGUGGAGAAGAGGUAGAGAACAGAUCAAUACAAGAAAAGUUUUUCCCACCACGGUUUUUACAAGUACCUGAGAAUUUAGUUGUGGAGGAAGGUCGAUUCUGCAGGAUAGACUUUAAAGUGACUGGUUUGCCAACUCCAGAUGUGAUGUGGUUUUUAAACGGAAGACCAGUUCAAGCUGAUGAUUUGCAUAAAAUGAUAAUAUCAGAGAAAGGUGUUCAUUCAUUCAUAUUUGAAGUGGUUCAGGCUUAUGAUGCUGGAUUGUAUAAAUGCAUAGCAUCUAAUCGUGCUGGAGAAGCGGCUUUUACAUUACAGCUUGAUGUGCUUGCACAAGAGUGCAGAAGGCCUCCAUGUUUCACACAGAAGCCAGCAGCAACAAGAGCAGUUGAAGGAGAGGAUAUAAAAAUAGAAUGUCAGGUGUCUGCAGCUCCAGCACCGCAAAUCCUACUAAAAAAGAAUAACGACAUGCUUCAGUACAAUACAGACAGAAUACGGUUAAUCCAAGAUGGAAGUGGAAAAAUCUAUUUAUUUAUUUAUAAUGUAACAAAGUCAGAUGAUGGAUGGUACACCAUAUCAGCUGUAAAUGAAGCUGGAAUAGCCACUUGUCAUGCCCGACUUGAUGUUGCAGUUCGUGUUAACAAGCAAAUUCCAAGCACGAAGCAGCUGAAGGUGAGACCAACAUUUAGCAGAUACGCAGCACUUAGUGGAAAAGGGUUGGCUGUGCAACAGGCAUUUGCAGGGGACACACAACCUUCUUACCCUGGACUUCAUGAAAGUGAUGAACUCUAAGUGCGUUUAAGACAAUUUAUUUGUAAUACAUUUAUGUACUGUGGGCAAAAAAAAUACUAUUUGUAUAUAGCUUGAAAGAGAUCAGAGCUCAAUAUUUUGUUUAAUAAAUGAAUCAUAUUUUUUUUUAAAACCACACAUUGCCUUAGACCACUGGUUUUCAAACCUGUCCUCAGGAUUCCCCAAUAGGCCAGGUUUUCAGGAUUACCUUGGAUGAGAGCAGGUAAAAUAACCAUGGUUACUAACCAGCUGAUUAUUUUACCUGUGCUCCAGUUCAGAUGUCCUCAAAAUGUGGCCUGUUAGGGAGGCCUGAGGUCAGGUUUAAAAACCAGUGCCUUAGACAAAUUAGUUUAAAUCUUAUGGUACAUAACAAUGAAUUCUAAGAUUAAUAAACACAUUUUAAGGGUAAACAAUUGUACAACUGCUGACUGAGAAUUUUAAAAGUCCUUAUAUUUUGUGUGUUGGACAUAUAGUUAAUUAUAUUUAUAUGAGAAUUUAAUGUUUUGUGAAUACUAAACUAAAGCAGGGGUGUUGAACUUAGUUUAUUAUGGUUGUGUAAAAAUAAACAUAUUAACAAUCUA